UCCAACAUGUUUAUAGAUAAUUAUGAGACAUUGUUUCAGGCACUUUUAAAGGCAACUGGAAAAACAGAGCUCUCCUGGUUGGGUAGAUUAGCAGCCUUUAAGAUGUUGAUCCUGCCUAAACUCUUAUACUUUUUCAGAACAAUUCCAAUCCUCAUUCCCCAUUCCUACUUCAGUAAAUUAGAUAUUGCAUUUAAAAAAUAUAUUUGGAAUGGGAGGAAACCUAGAAUUCCGUUAUCUGCUCUCAUUUAACACAAAUCUAAGGGGGGUGCAGGUUUCCCUGUAAUAUCCA